UUUUCACUGGCCAUAGCCAGUCAUUGCGCACUCAGCAUUCAAGCCCCCAAAUCAGCCGCACUGAUGAUGCUCAAAGUCGUAAAGAUCCUCUUGCUAUUCGCCCUUCUGGGCGUGGCCUGUAUCCAGGCCGUCGUGGUCGGACCCCAGCCGCUGCACAACAACAACCGGAACGGCUACCGCUACAAUGGCCCCGCCCACAAGUAUCUGCCAUCGGAGGAGUCGCACUCGCACGGCAGCCACGUGGAUUCGAGUCACAAGCAUGGUCAGCAGGGCACCAGUGAUCCCUACAACUCACAUCAUUACCCAGCACAAAAGCACCAUGACCAGGGAACGCAGGAGCAUGACCAUCAUUCGCCUCUUGCCCAGCAGCAACACCAGCAAAAUCAUCAGAACGCUUACAUUGAAGGACCUGAAUACCAGCAGCAUCAUGGAUUUACCCAACAGCAACAUCAAGAAUUAAACCAGCAGCAAUAUCAUGGACUGAACCAACAGCAUCAAAGUUACGGGCAGCAACACUAUCAACAGAGCCCCAACCAGCUGCAACAUCAUCAGUCGCAACCCUUAGCCGAACACGCCUACGAACCAGCCCAUUUCCAGCAGCAGCAGCCCCAAGAACACGAACCUUGGCAUUCCUCUCAAUCUUCCCAAUCUUCGCAUGGUUUCCAACAGCAGCAGCAACAUGAGCAGUUCCGGCCACAGCAGCAUCACAAUCGCUUUGAGCAACAGCUACCGCUGCGGGAAGACCUUUGGCAACCUAUUCGUGAACUGGACCUGGAGAAGCUGCCAUCGGCGGAGGCGCACGCCACUAGCCACCAGACGGUUGCUGCUCCUGGACGAGAUGUCAAGCUGGUGCCAAGUUACACGCUCUCCAGCGACUUUGAGCACGACCGCUUCAUUGGACUGGAUGGUGUGGACACUCGUCUGCUGACCUUAUCUCUGCCAGAUGCCUACCGCAAGCAGCUCUUCUCCUCGCCCCCCGAACCGUCGUCUUUAAGCCAGCGGCCGCACCAGCAACUCAAGCCUGGCUCCGCCGCCUACGGUAGUUCCACCUCCGAUUUCCUCCAAAUGCAGUCCCACUCGUAUCAGUUGCCCUCAACGUUCAGCACCCACGCGGAGUGGCCCCAGGACAAGGAGCACCAACAGCAACAGGACACCGGCAAUCGUCAGUACGCGACUAGUGGCUACGCAGUUGCCCCUUCGUAUCUGCACACCUCCGAGCCACACACCUCGCAACCGCCCAAAAAUAGCGUGCCCCAUCCGAGCCGUGACUUCCAGCCACCUUACUACUAAAGCAGCCCUUGAACGGACAUAAUAACUGAAUUAACUGGUACGCGGAUCGUCCGCCAGAAGAUCGCACUAUCUUCAACAUUCGCUUUUCUUCGGAAAAGCAUUUGGUCUGAAAAGCAACACUUUUAUAGUAACAAUUGUACAGAUAAAUACUAUUCCUUUUUUUUUAUAUAUUUAAUAAAGAGUGCAUUGGUAAACUUACGGAUUUUGUAGUUGUGCAUGAUAAAAACAGAUCUUUUGAACGUAUGAAUAAAAUGUAAAUUUGGA